ACAGCUACUUAUCAUAAUUAAUAUCCGGCUAUGUUUUGUUGACUAAUUACCGUCUAAUUACCGUUAUCCUACAGAUCUAUUGUUAUAUAAAGUUAUAUAAAGAGUCGCCAGAUCGACAUAAUCAUAAGGAAUACGGCUGUAGCAAUAUGAUUUGGUCAGUUCUGUUCUUCGUUGUUGGUGGUCUCAACGCUCAUCGAGUGACUAUCGUCAACCGCUGCUCACAUACUGUAUGGGUGGGAAUACUUGGAAGCAACCUUAUAGACCAAGGUGGAUAUACGCUCAAUGCUGGUGCUUCAAGAACAUCUUCAUUACCUCCUCACUGGUCUGGACGAUUCUGGGGAAAAACAGGGUGCCAUUCUAAUAGAUGCGAGACCGGAGAUUGCGGCGGUGGUAAAAUCCAGUGCAACGGAGCAGGCGGUGUACCCCCUGCCACGCUUGCUGAAAUAACGUUUGACGCGGGCUCGCAGAAUAUACAAGACUUUUAUGAUGUCAGUCUCGUUGAUGGAUUCAAUCUACAAAUGUCAAUGAGGCCAACUGGCGGCUACAUAUCUGGAAGUGGACACUACUAUUGUUCUCGCGCAGGUUGCAACACCGAUUUGAACCAAAGAUGUCCGCGUGAACUGCAAGUUAAUGGUACAGGGGGAGUCGUAGCUUGCAAAAGUGCUUGUCUGGCAUUCAACCGUGAUGAUUAUUGCUGCAGAGGAGCCCAUAACGUGCCCCAGACAUGUCCACCUUCUAGCUAUUCUAAAAUAUUCAAAUCGGCAUGCCCGGAAUCCUAUAGUUAUGCAUAUGACGACCAGACCAGCACCUUCACCUGCAAUAACAAAUCUCCAGGAUCAACUUCAUAUGAAAUUACAUUCUGUGGUUAAAAUGACUUUAAUGAUCUUAAAUUAUUUUGUGUAAAAAUAAAAAUUAGCAGCAA